AAAUUAAAAAUUUAAAAAAAUUUUUGGGCGUCUAAAAAGAUGAUCUGCGUUCCGCGUGUAACUUUAAAAAAAUUCAUUUUGAUUUAAAUAUCGCUUUUUAUUUCUCAGGCCACUUUUUUUUCUCCAACUUUCCAUCACCUUUCAAAUUUUCCCUUUUAACAAUUAUGAAGAAAAUAAUUUCAUUAUUAAUUUUGAUCGUACUUUUGAUCUCUUCUUUAUCUGUUAUUGAAUCAAGAUUGGAUCAAGAUGAAGAACCCUUCAUGGAAUUUGAUGAUAAUAUGAUGUUACCUCUCAUCAUUUCAGCUGGAGAGAAUAUUAACGAAUACACGAUUUCUAGUGGUGGACAUCAUCAUCAUCCCAAAUAUCCUAAACAUCCCAAACAUCCCAAACAUCCCAAAUUUCCUGGACCAAAAAGGGCAUUUGCAUAUUUCCCAAGUCCACCAGAUAUUACAAAAGGGGUAGUCGUAUUUUGGGAAACGAGUAAAAAUAAUACUUUAGUUUAUGGUCAAUUCUCGAAAGGAUUCGUUGAAGGAGAAGAAGAUAAUUAUUCAUUUAAAGUGUACAAGGGGGAUCAAGAAUUGGUUGAUUUAAAACCUAAAGAUGAUGAUUUAGAUAGAAUUCUUAAAAUUAAUCCGAAUGGUUCUACGGAUCUUUUCUUAUUUGUUUUUAAUGAUACUUUAAUCUCCGGUGUAGGUAUUCUUGAUACAGAUCUUGUUAUUAGUACAUCCGAUAGUUUAAUUGGGAAAGAUAGGAUUAAACCUUUAACUUGUUGGUAAAAAGAUGUAAAGUAGUAGUAAAUAUUGUAUAAAGUAAAUAAAUAUUGUUAGUUUAGGUUUAAUUUAGGUUUAACGAAAUACUUAUGUAACUCGUUUCUUGAUAUAAUAAAUAUUGUAACAUUCUUGAAAUAAUAAUAAAUAUUGUGAUAUAUAUAUAUUUCCAAUA